UGAAAUGGGUCCCUGUAUGGUGGUUGUGAAGAACAAGAUGAAUUAGCCCUGUCUGUACAGUGGCUGUGAUAGGGAGGUUGUUUGACUCCCUGUACAGAAAGGGAAAGUGAUUAACAGGAGAGAGUGAGUCUCCCAUUUCUUGCUACAUUGAGACUAGCAGGCUAGUAACUUGGGUAUCACAGGACUCCGGAAGUCUGUGGCUAUACUAAGCAAAGAGGAGGCUCAGAGGGAUUAGAGAGACAUUGGUUGCUGAUGGUUGCCAAGGUCUGAAGAUGGCUGGCUGAGUAAAUGGAUUGUGAGAAGAGGACCUGUGUGAGGAAGUCACACCUGAUAGGUGUGAUGGAAGAAGAUGUUUUGAACUUUUCUGGGACCCAGAGACAAGUUGCUGCACCAAGGUCCAAAGGAAGAAGAGAGAUUGUAUGCCACACAAUCUGGAAAUGGGGUCCAUCUCAUUUGAGGACGUGUCUGUGGACUUUACCUCAGAGGAGUGGCAGGAGCUGGAUGCUGCCCAGAGGACCCUCUAUAGGGAUGUGAUGCUGGAGAACUACAGCAGCCUGGUGUUCUUGGGGCACUGCAUAACAAAGCCUAUAUUGAUCUUCAAAUUGGAGCAUGGAUUUGGACUAGGGAAAGUACCAGAAGCUUCAGUUUGCAGCCUCCCAAUGACUGGUCCAAUUGACACCAGCCAGGAAAAUCACAAGAGACAUUUAUGGCAAAGUGGAAUCACCAACAGCAAGAAAAAGACCCUAAAUGAAAAAAUGAUUGAAACUGAACUUAAAGUACUUCAGAAUACCUACGAAGGGGCAAAAUACUAUGAAUGUAAAGCACAUGUGAGGAAGUCUUACCAAGAAUCACGCUACCGAAAUUAUCUUAUGUCUCACACCGUCAAAGAAGAUUUGUUUUACAAUUCAACACUCAGGAAACAUCAGAGAAUUCGUAGACGAGAGAGUAUGCGAUAUGAGGGUAAGGAAUGCAGGGAAAUGUUCUUGAAUUCCCACCACCCUGUACCUUACAGAACUCGUACAAGUGAGAAGCACUAUACAGAAUAUGGUAAAUCUUUCUACUGUAAGAAACAACUCACUAGAUAUCAUUCUGGGGAGCAACAUGAAUUUCCAGAAUAUGGCAAAGCAGUAGUUAACAAGGAGCAUCUCAGUCAUCAUAUAGAUAAGAAACACUAUGAAUGUUUAGAAUGUGGAAAAUCUUUCACUAGUAAGGCAUAUCUCAUUAUUCAUGAAAGAACUCAUACUGGUGAGAAGCCCUAUGAAUGUGAAGAAUGUGCAAAGUCUUUCUACUGCAAGAAUCAGCUCACAAGACAUUAUAGAAGUCAUACUGGUGAGAAACACCAUGAAUGUACAGAAUGUGGAAAAGCUUUUGCUCGCAAGGAGCACCUCAUUCGUCAUCAGAGGUCCCAUAUGGGUGCAAAGCCUUAUAAAUGUACAGAAUGUGGGAAAGCUUUCACUAGCAAAGCAUACCUCACUAUUCAUGAAAGAACUCAUAUGGGUGAGAAACCUUAUGAAUGUAUACAGUGUGGCAAGGCUUUCUAUGCAAAGUCAAAACUCACUACACAUCACAAAACUCAUACUGGUGAGAAGCCUUAUGAAUGUAAAGCUUGUGGGAAAGCUUUCUACAUGAAGUCACAACUUAGUGCACAUGAGAGAAUACAUACAGGUGAGAAGCCCUACAAAUGUCUGCAAUGUGGGAAAUCAUUCUACUGCAUGAAACAACUUACUAGACAUUAUAGAAAUCAUUCUCAUGAGAAGUGCUAUAAGUGUACAGGAUGUGAAAAAGCAUUCACCACCAAAGGAUACCUUAUUAAACACCAAAGAACUCAUACAGGUGAGAAGCCCUAUGAAUGUGCAAAUUGUGGGAAAGCUUUCUAUGACAAGACAGAUCUCAGUAAACAUCAAAGAGCCCACACAGGGGAGAAGCCAUACAAAUGUACAGAAUGUGAGAAAGCUUUCUACACCAAAUCACAGCUUAAUGUACAUGAGCGUUUCCAUACAGGUGAGAAACCAUAUGAGUGUGUACAAUGUAGGAAAUCUUUCUACUGCAAGAAACAACUCUCUAGACAUCAUAGAAGUCAUUCUGGUGAGAAGAAAUAUAAAUGUACAGAAUGUGGAAAAGGUUUAACCACCAAAGGAAACCUUAUUAAGCAUCAAAGAACCCAUCUAGGUGAGAAGCCACAUGAAUGUACACAGUGUGGCAAAGCUUUCUAUGAUAAGUCACAACUUGCUACACAUCAUCGAAUUCAUGCAGGUGUGAAGCCCUAUGAAUGUACAGAGUGUGGCAAAGCUUUCUAUUACAAGUCACAACUGUCUGUACAUCACAGAAUUCAUACAGGUGUAAAGCCUUACGAAUGUAAAGAAUGUGGGAAAGCUUUUGCCACCAAAGGAAGCCUUAUUAAACAUCAGAGAAUCCAUACAAGUGAGAAGGCAUAUAAAUGUACAGAAUGUGGCAAAGCUUUCUUCAUCAAGUCUGAACUCACUGUGCAUGAGAGAAUGCAUACAGGUGAGAAGCCCUAUGAAUGUAUGAAAUGUGGGAAAUCUUUCUACUGCAAGAAACAACUCACUAGACAUCAUAGAAGUCAUUCUGGUGAAAAACGCCAUGUGUGUAUAGAAUGUGGGAAAGCUUUCACGCGCAAGGAGCACCUCACUCGUCAUCAGAGAACUCAUAUUGGGAAGAAACCCUAAUGUCCAAAAUGUGCAGGAGCUUUCUUACAAAUUACCACUGACCACAUCAAAAACUUGUACCAGUGAAUAGUCCUGUGAUUGGGCUCGGGUGUUAAAGGCCUUUUCUGGAAGACACACCUCACACAUCCAACUUUCCAUACAAGUGAAAAGCAUUAUAUGCUAAUGUUCUCUGUACAAGUCACAAGUCAGUAAACAUCAGAGAAUUCAUAUAGGUGAGAAGCUAUACCAUUACACAGAAUGUCAGAAAGCUUUCAUUCAUAAGGUAUACCUCAUUGUUGAUAACAGGACUCAAAUGCAAGAAGCACUAAGAAUAUAUACAAUGUGUCAUCUAAAACUUUGCAAAGUGGAGAAAUAUCAAAUAGAAAUUCAUCCACAUUAUAUAAAUAGAAGGCAUCAGAUCACUAUGGAAUUGAGAAUCCACUUGAAACAAUUGGUAGACUUUUGAUAUAACUCAGUGACAGUUUGUGCAUUUUAUGUUAACAUGAACAGAUAUGAAUAUAUUCACAUGCCAUCAUUCAUAUCCAUAUACUGAACAUUUAUGUUUAUAUAUUAGUUGUAAAUACAAGCAGCUGUGGAGAGAUUGUAGGAAACAUAGACUGUCUAAUUGGACAAGGCUAUUUUUUUAUUAUGGUCUGUGCAAAAUUCCUAAUUGAUUAUUUUGACAACAAUGCCUGUGCAGUGUUUGAGCUCAUAUUGAAGUUCAAGUUAUAUCCAUUAUCUUCCUUAAUAUUUCUUAGUUUUGGAUUAAUAGUCUAUUAUUGUUGCCAACCUUUUUUUUUAUGUUUGUGAAAUAUAUCAUUGAAAUGUCAUUUUUGGAGUCCUUGGGAAAUUGUUAGCAUGGUUGCUAGGCAAAUAUGUGGACUUAGGUUUUGACCCCUAUCCUCUAUAUGAUAAAGCUGAUAUGUGCUGAACAUGUCUAUAACCCCAAUAUUGUGUUGUACUAGUGGAGUUAGGAAUUCUGGGAGUAGUCAUAAAACAGAUUGUUGUUAUAUAUCAGUAGUAAGGCCAUGUCUUCUGGAAGUAAUGGGGUACAGAAUGAGACUACUGUGUAUUUGUUAUAUUCAUGUCACUGUGGUGCAGCAUUUGACAGAAACAACCUGAGAUAGAAUUAUUUGUUUUAAAUCAUGUUUUAACAUGGUUUCAUCAAUUGUAACUUGACCCCAAGCCUGAUGCUGUAACAUCCAGGUGGCAUAAGAGUGUGUCAUUAAAGAGGAGAUGCAUAAAGCAAAGGAGA